GUGCGAUUUAGCUAAGAAACCCCAUCCCUUUCCCUCAACCCUAGCAUAGAUUUUGAAACCUGAGAUUCGCCAUUUCCGUCCCUCUUCUCUUCGAGACGCGUAAGGGCAACCCGCAGGUGCUUUAGACGAUAUACAACUCGGAUUGUAGAUUUUUGCCAUGUCGGAGGAUGACAAGCUGUUGAAGGAGGCGAAGAAGCUUUCGUGGGAUGAGCGGUUGCUGCACAAGAAUUGGAAGGUGCGGAUUGACGCCAACGCCGACCUGGCUGCGGUGUUUGAUUCAAUCACCGAUCCUAAGGACCACCGUUUCCGUGAAAUUGUUCCAAAAGCUGUUGUACCUGCGGUAGAUGUCAUGUUUCAGGCCCUAAGAGAAUUUGGCUCAAAGGUUAUCCCACCAAAAAGAACUUUGAAGAUGCUUCCUGAAUUAUUUGACCAUCAGGAUCAGAAUGUCCAAGCUUGUUCUAAGGGCCUAACAUUGGAACUAUGUCGAUGGGUUGGGAAGGAUCCAGUGAAAUCUAUACUUUUUGAAAAAAUGCGUGAUACAAUGAAAAAAGAACUUGAGGCUGAGCUUGUUAACGUUACCGGGACUGCGAAGCCAACUCGCAAAAUAAGAUCUGCCCAAGACAAGGUGCUAGAACAGGAUGCUAUGCCCACGACAGCUUGCUCUGGCCUUCUGAAGAAUCCGCUGCUGACACCCACAGGAAAUAGAUGAAUAUGAACUUGUUGAUCCUGUUGAUAUUUUAACUCCUCUUGGAAAGUCUGGUUUUUGGGAUGGAGUGAAAGCUGCAAAGUGGUCAGAACGAAAGGAUGCUGUUGCAGAGUUAACAAAGCUUGCAUCUACAAAGAGAAUAGCACCUGGAGAUUUUUCUGAAAUUUGCCGCACAUUGAAGAAGGUCAUCACUGAUGUGAACAUUGCUGUAGCUGUUGAAGCCAUACAAGCAAUUGGG